AUGGAGACUUGGUUAUCAGGGAGAAAAUUGAUAGAGAGACUUUCUGUGGAGAAAAUGUGCUUACUAAACCUCAAAGCUGUAAUUGAAAAUCCCCUCCAGAUCUUCACAAUUAAAGUUGAAAUUGAAGACAUAAAUGACAAUGCACCAAGUUUUUCUAAGAAAUAUUUUGAAGUGGAAAUAAGUGAAUCUGCUUUGUCAAACGCACGGUUUGCCCUUGGAUAUGCGCAAGAUUCAGAUAUUGGUACCAAUUCAGUGCAGGGCUACUCACUUAGUGAAAAUGAAUAUUUUAUUCUUGGAGAAAAAGCUAACAGUGAUGGGCACGUGUAUCCAGAACUUGUAUUAGAGAGGCCUUUGGACAGAGAAAAGCAGAGUACCAUUGAGUUAAGUCUAACUGCUUCUGAUGGAGGUAACCCAAGGAAAACUGGUACAGCUUUAAUUAAAAUUGUAGUUCUUGACGCCAAUGACAACUAUCCAAUGUUUACUCAGGACACUUACCAAGUGGCCUUAAGUGAAAAUGCUCCAAAUGGUUUCUUGGUUAUCCAGUUGAAGGCUACAGAUGAAGAUGAUGGUUCCAAUGCACAAAUAACAUAUUCAUUCAGUCACAUUUCUGAGAAAGGUGACCAUAUUUUUCAGAUAAAUGCUGAAAAUGGCGAGAUACAAAAAAUUGGAGAGCUGGACUAUGAAGUCACAAAAAAUUAUAAGAUAACGGUGGAAGCAAAAGAUGGUGGCGGUUUAUUUUCUUAUAGUGAAGUGUCAGUUCAAGUUAUCGAUGCUAAUGAUAAUACACCCGAGAUACAAAUUAACUCAUUCUUAAGUGUAAUUCCAGAGGAUUCCCCACCUGAAACAGUCAUAGCGUUAAUUAAUAUCCAUGACUUGGACUCCGGAGAGAACGGUGAAGUUGUCUGUCAGAUCACUGAAACACUGCCAUUUCAGUUAAUAUCACUGACUGAGAGUUACUACAAAAUUGUAACUUUAUCGAGAAUGGACAGAGAAAUAAUUCCUGACUAUAACAUAACAAUCAUUGCCAAAGAUAAAGGCACACCCUCACUUUCCUCCACCAAAACCAUACAAGUAAUUUUAACAGAUGUUAAUGACAACAUCCCAAUUUUUGAAAAAACCUAUUAUGUAGCCUACGUACCUGAAAAUAACUUGCCAGGAAUGGCCAUGCUCCGUGUAAAUGCCGUAGAUCGUGAUACAAAUGAAAAUGGCCAAGUUGUUUAUUCCAUUAUCCACAAAGAUAUCCAAGAUAUCUCCAUAUCUUCCCAUAUUUCAAUAAACUCAGGAACUGGAGUCAUUUAUGCCCUACAUGGUUUUGACUAUGAGCAGAUGCGAGAAUUUCAAUUCCAAGUAAUGGCUAAAGACAGUGGGAUCCCGUCUCUGAGCAGCAACGCCACCAUUAGGGUUUGCAUAAUCGAUAAGAAUGAUAAUUCUCCAAGGAUUCUCUAUCCAUCAUCAGACACUGAAGGAACAGUAGUAUAUGAAUUAAUUCCUAGUUCCUCAGAGAAAGGUUAUCUAGUAAGCAAAGUCAUAGCAGUGGAUGCUGACUCCGGGCAUAAUUCAUGGCUCUCUUAUUAUUUAAUCCAGGUUCAAGAACCUUCAAUUUUUAUGAUUGGUCAACACACAGGGGAAAUCAGAUUAACACGUGAUUUUCAAGAAACAGAUUCUUCAAGGCAAAAAAUUGUGGUUAUGGUAAAAGAUAAUGGGGAACCCACUCUUUCUGCUACCGUUACACUGAACCUACUUAUAGCUGAAAAUUUUCAAGCUGUUCCUGAGAUGAGCAACAAGCCUAUCAAAUUGGAUACACCUGAUGUAACCUUUUACCUAGUUAUUGCAAUUGCGGUAGUUUCCCUUUUGUUUAUUUUAGCUGUGAUUGGUACAGUCAUUUCUAAAUGUAGAAAAUCUAACUCUCCAGUGAGUUUUGGAACUUUGGCUACAGACAUGUAUCCACAAUUUGCUUUUCAAUACCCAUCUCAGUUGAGUGAUGGAACCUUACCAUUGCCAUUCUCCUAUGAUGUAUGUGUUGCACUGGAUUCAAGCCAGAAUGAAUUUCCCUUUCUUAAGCCAACCCAGAAUGAAUUUCCCUUUCUCAAGCCAAGCCUAAAUGUUCCAACUGACAAUCUUAUUGAUACUGGCGAUUCGUCUACUGGAAACGAUUCUAUAAAAGAAGCUCAACCUGACAGCGGCCUGUCACAGGUAAGAUAA